AUGGAGACAGGGCGCAAGUUGGUUGCCAACCAAUACGCCAUUGCUAUGGCGACCGCCCCUGUUGUUGUGACGUACUUUGCCGGUGCUUACGGACGCGGUGGACCGAUCAAGGAUCUGCUCAAGCUCACUAACGUGCCGCACGAGUACCGAGGGGUGACCUUUACCGAGUUUGGCGAGCUCAAGGCCUCCGGGCGCUGCCGUUUGGCUCGCUGCCUGUGGCCGAGGUGGCCGGGCGGACGUACUCGCAGAGCAACGCCAUUCUGCGGUAUGUGGCGUUUCGGGGAGCAUUGUCCGGCGGUAGCCUUUGGUAUCCGACGGAUAACGUGGAUACGCUGCUGGCAGUCGACGAGCUGCUGAGCGCGGUGGAGGAUGGGUACAACCUGUUCGGCUCGUCGGGACGGGAGAAGGAUGAAGAGAAGAAGAAGGCCAUGCGAAAGGAGAUCCUGGAUGGCCCGCUCACCCGCUGGUUUGAGGCUGUCGAGGCCAUCCUUGCUAAGAACACGCAGUCCGACACCUUUGCUGUCGCCUCGCACCCUACCAUCGCCGACCUCAAGAUCUAUGGCUACAUCCAGAUGUACGACGCCGGCCAGGCCGACUACAUCCCCUCGGACUGUUUCCGUGCCUACCCGCGCAUCACCGCAUGCUACGAGGCCAUGAAGGCCCUCCGUGCUGAGCACGAGCUCGACGACUGACCGACCAUAUGUGUCGCAGCAUGUCCUAGUAACAGCCUACUUUUACCACG